AUGGAUCAAGCCCGUAACAACGUGGCCUACGUCAGGGAGCAGCUGAUCGUCGCACGCGCGGCGCGCUGCGAGUUCACCAGCGCGGGGCAGCACCGCCGCCUCGGGCGAUGCGAGCGAGCUGGCGGUGUCUGGAAGGAGCUCUGGAGACGCGCGUGCUGCGGCCAGCGGCUCGCCGCCGAGGGCGACGCAGAGCUCGGCGCGGUCGAGACGAACAAGGCGAAGAACUCCAUGAUGCGGAGAGGCGGCUUUGCUCCAGUGCAAUGGGUUUUCGGUCGUGACGUGCGGAUUCCAGGCAGUCUGGUUGAUCCAUUGGAAGCGAGCCGUUUAGAGACGCAUGAGGCAAUCCUGCCACCUGGGGGCGCGAUGGCCAAGCAGGCGGCGCGGAGAGAUGCGGCGCGCAAGGCGUAUAUCGAAGUGGGCAACGACUGCCGCAUGAGCAUCUGGUUCAACUGCCGUGGGUGGCAGAACCUCGCGGCGCCGGAGCAGCUGCGCUCGGCGACGCCUGAGGAUAUCAUCGCUUGGAAUAUCCCACGGGGCGCGGCAGUCGAGGCCGGCGCCGAGCAUCGGGCGAGGGCCACCAACGCAGACGCACGUUGGAGGCCGACUUUCCCCGAUGAAACCGAGGAGAGCGAAGAGCUGGCAGACGCCGAAGAUAAACUGUCGGAGAAGUCGGGCGCGCCGAUCGCGGCGGCACCCGUGCCCGAGACGGGGCCGACGACCAUGGGGAUUGACGACGAGAGCGAACUCGAGGACAAGCAUCCGAACGGACAAGAGGGCCCAGACGCCAAUGCGCCCGAUGACAAGGGCCCCAUAGCGGACACAGAGGGCGAGAGCUCGACCGGCGAGGCCAAGAUGCGCCCUCUAUUGCCGAGCGAGGCGCGCGACCGACUGUGGAUCCGUUUCCUGACCGAGCGCAGCGAAGAGAUCGAGAUGGCGCGCGCGGCGAAGGCUGAAGGCACGCCCGUCAGCAAGACGCUGGAGAAGCAGCUCGGGAAAAACCCGAAGCGCUUGAAGGGGGCACUCGAUGAGACCAAGAAGAAGAAAUCGAACAAGUGGUGUCACUGCGAUGCGGUCGAGAUCCUCACCGCGAAGCAAGUCCGUGAAUUGCCGCGGCAUGUGCAGGCUGUGCCGGCACGAUUCGCACUCACGGACAAUAGCGAGGCGAUGCGGGCGGACGAGAACAAACCUCCCGUCAAGCUGAAGGCGAGACUGGUGGUGCUGGGCAAUCUGGAGAAGGACUCCAACUACCGGCGAGAUGCGCCAACUGGGAGCCUUCUGGCCCAACAUAUGGCAGUGGCCUGGGCGGCAUCUGGUGGACAUCGUGAUGGGCCAGCUCGCGUGGUACGAAACAUGGAUGCGAAGAGCGCCUACCUGCAGGGGGACGUCAUAGAUCGCGAGCUGUACCUCAGGCCACCGUCUGGUGGCAUGUUCGGAGUUUCCCUUCCUGAAGGAUCGCUGCUGCGUGCAAACGUCCCGAUCUACGGCUCUGGCGACGCUGCGCGUGGGUGGUGGAAGAAGGACGAGGUGCUGAAUAUUCAGCACUGCGGCAAUAUGAUCGAGCAGAGCAGCGAUGGGACCGUGGAGAAUGGGCAGAAGGGGUCAUACUUCGCGGAGGCUGUGGACUGGCAGAAUGCACGCGUGUUCGUGAGCACGGCCUCGGCGCGCGCGAAUGUCCAGGACGUCGUGCUGCAAAUCGGAGCCUGUUCGCAGCCAGCAAAGCGAGUGGUCGGGGUGAUGACACCGCUGGACGAGAACGGCAACACGGAUAAGCGCGUGGGCAUCGAGCUUGCGGCGCUGAACCAGCUAUUGGCGAGGGGUGGAGAUGAGCUACGUUGGGUGGACACCAGCGUGAUGCUGGCAGACCCUUUGACUAAGGGUGAUGCGCUGGACGACCAGGUCCUCCAGCGGGUGUUGUACAGCAGCGAGUACAAUAACAACGCCAACACGGAGAUGAAGGAGUUCAGAAACCGUAAGGCGGCGAUGAGACGGGACUUGAAGGUAAGGCGUAAGGCAGACUCAGUUGGAGUCGGGACGAAGCAGCAUGCAGGCCCAGGCGAAGAGCAGGAGGCUACGUGA